UAUGCUAAACACCGAAUAUAUUUCACUAAGAAAGACUGUGUUGUGCCCAUUCAUUCAGAAUUUUAGUUUAUUUAUUUAUUUAUUUAUUUUUGUGAAUAUAAAAUGUGAGUACUUAGAAAAAAAGAAGUCCUCCGUCCCUUUCGGAAGCAAAACGCCUGAAUGUCUUAAAAAAAAAAAAGAAAAACAAAUGCCGUGUUUUUUCUUAUGUCUAUUUACGUAAGAUCUUUAUCAAUUAUUCCAGAGAAGAAGAAGAAAAAAAAGGCCAUGGAGAUCGCGCAUGAGCCGUAAAAACUCAUUGUUUGUAGAACGCAUAUAGUCGAGGAAAGAAAGUCACGACACAACGAAUUGUACUGUCCAUUGUCAAGAUUGUGCCACCAGCCGUCUGUAGACGCCUGACCCAUCUGCCUUUUCCUUGGAAAAGAAAAAAAAUAAAGAUAAAGGAGGGGAAUCAUCAUUUUUUUCGUUCACUACAAUACAGAGAGAGAGAGAGAGAGAGAGAGAGAGAGAGAGAUCAUCUCGCAAGGAAGGUAGACAGUCCAGUGUGUGAUAUUGGUCGCCCUACUACCUACCCGGAUCGGGAAGAACGGGGCAUGAAGAGCGAUUUUGGGCAGAGGGCGUCAGUUGUUGGUAAUCUAUAGCAGUGAAGGUGGUGUUUGGUGAAGAGGAAGGAGCUGGACGCGCGAAGAAACGGUGUGCUGCCACAGAGAGAAAACUGUGAGCGGUGUGAAGUGUACAAUUGUCAUCGGAUAGUAGAGUAGAAUUUUGGAGCAAUGAGGGAAAACGAGUACGUGUGAAUUUCAGGUGAGGAGAGAAGGAAAACUAGGUCGUCAACGACAGUAGUAAAAGGUCACGGAUUCUAUUGAAAUAUUGUAGUGAGAGCGAGUUGAUACUUGUGUAGCUUUGAGAAUAGAAAGUCAUUUUUAGUGUAACAGAAACCUUCUGAGUUUGAAACGUCGCCAAAAAUGGAAAAGUCGUUUCAGAAAAUGAGUCUCUUUGUUAUAGAUACUAUUGAUAGUUUUCUGCUCUAGAGAUGACUUCAAACAACGAGAGAAUCUCAUGAAAAAGAAGUGACCUUACAGCGUCGAAAUAGGACCUAGGACUGGAUACAAGUAUCAUAUAGCCUUUUCUUAACCCAAGUGGUCCAAUUUGUAACUUACAUUAUUUUGUAACUUAAUAAAUAACCAAGCAAUGUCGGAGCUGUGAAUCGCGCUGUGUCUUCGUCAGGUGUGAGACAUCUUAAAGAGAAGGAAUCCCAGGACGCCUUAGGUUUACCAUGGUCAUAGAAGCGUAGUUUUAACAGAUUUAUGGGAUCGUAGUUCGUCUCAGUGCCAUUUGAUCCCGGGUCAGGUAGAUAGGUGGACGGUCUGUCCUGAUUAGAAGUGACCCAGGGAAUCAACUUCUUAAAUCGAUCGAAUUUAUGACUUCGUAACUAAAUCUCGUAGUAUUUCAAAGUGAAGAUAUCCAAGUAUCCCUUUUUUUUAUUCCCCUAAAAGAUUUAAGAAAAUAAUACAAAGACAACAACAGCCUUUCUCAGAUCCUUCCUUAAAUGAAGACUGCUGCCUCUCCCCCGCUCAAGGCCUUGUUACCGUUUUGAGUCAGUCGUCUUGGAGGAGUAGAGUGAGAGAGGGAGAGAGAGAGUCUCGUGAGUCCUGUGCCAUCCUUCAUCAGCCUUUUCUUGAAGCUCAAGGCCUCAAGUAGCCUUUCUACACCAAUCUGCGCUAAGGAUAUUAUGCUGGGCCCGUGUGUGCAGGACCCGGCAUGGGUCAAGAUGAGUUCCCCGACCCAGGCCGUGUCCAAGAAACGCAAGAAGCCAGACGCAAAACCCCAGUCUCAAAUCAACAAGUGCCUUAAUGAGAAGCGCCGGCGGGAACAGGAGAACACAUACAUUGAGGAGCUGGCCGAGCUAAUCCAAGCCAGCAUCGCCUCUGACAUGAGCUCGCUCUCUGUCAAGCCCGACAAGUGCGCCAUCCUGCAGCAGACUGUCAACCAGAUCCGGCGCAUCAAGGCGGCGGAGGGGGCGGGGGAAGGAGCUGUGCAGCAGGGGGAGGUGUCCUCCUCCAAACCCACAUUACUGCCAACUCAGCGAAUAGGAACCCUUGUAUUAGAGGCUUUGGGUGGUUUUUUGUUUAUUGUGAGCCACGAUGGUAAGAUAGAGUUUGUCUCGGACAAAGUAAGCCAUUUUAUCAAGUUCACCUCAGAAGACCUCACUGGCACGAGUAUCUACAACAUUAUACACGUGGGCGAUCAUGCCAAGUUUUCUUCUUCUUUUAUGUCAGUAGGCUGGCCUAGUGAAGCUAGCGAAGCCUCACGAAGUCGAAAUUUUAAUUGUCGCCUCCUGGUCAAACCUCCUGAUGACCAGGAGGAGACUAUGGAAGAGAAGCAACAGCGGGUAUCACAGUAUGAGAAUAUGCAGAUUACUGCUGUGCUUUUGCCAUCGUCUAUAGUGGAAAAUAAAACUUGUGAAUCAUUUGAAGGAGAAGGACAACAGUGUUUAGUUUGUGUGGUGCGACGCAUUCCAUCCAACGAACGUAUCCAGGGCACCCCAGUAGAGCAGUUUACAACCAAACUGGACACUCAGGGAACCAUCAUAGGAUUAGACUCAAGUGGAGUGUCACCCAGAUACAGCCAAUUUUUAAAUAAGGAAAGAAUUGGAGAGCCUUAUACCAAACUAAUUCCUCCAGCGGAUAUUAGUAGGGUUCAGGGUCAUCUACGAGAAACUGUACAAUCAGGCCAAGCCAGUUCGCAAGUGUAUUGUGUAAAGAUUGGAACAGAGCGUUCCAUUCGUGUACAAACAAAAUCCAAAUUUUUCCGUGAUUUGGAAGGAUCCCAGCCUGAAGGAAGUUUCAUUAUGGCAACACAUACCAUAAUUGGUCCCUUCCAGGAAGGCAGUGGCUCAUCGGCAUCAGAUAGAUUGCUACCAGGGUCAUCUAGUAACAGUGGCAGCAUGUUAGAUGAAACUUUAGGUGGUCGGCCAGGCAGCACAGAAGGUGCUGGAGACGAUGCGGGAGUGUCAUCUCUUAGUGAUAAUGGCCGAUUAAGGAGACUUCUCAGCCAUAGUGAUAGUGUAGGGGACUUGUCUGAAGGUCCAAAUAAAAUCCUUAAGGAUUUGCUAAACCAAAAGGACGAGGAUGAUACGCAGGGGGGUGGAGUGGGUGGUGGUGGAGGGAGUGGAAGUUUAGGACGCUUUAUACCCCACUUUUCCCAUUUAGAAAAAACACCAAAUGCUUCAUCCUCACCGUCUGCUAACUCGACUCAUGAUAAUACCAUGCUUAAAGUAUUGUUAAAUACAGAUGACGAUGACAACGAAAAUAGAUUAAGUAGUAAAGAUACAGAUGAAAUUUGGAACCUACUAAAUACAGAUGAGAAUACGUCAGAGUUUAGACAGCCACAAGGACUUGGAGGAGGUACUCAGUCAACUAAUUCUACCUCUUCCCUGUCUUCAUCACACAAUACUUUAUCUAAUAAUCCCCAACCAACCAGUAAUACUGUGCCACCUCGACCGUCAAGUGCAGAUUUAACAUCGCCAAACAUGUUACGUGGAAUGAAACGACCUUGUGAUGAGGCACAUGAUGGGAAUCCAAGUAAACAACAGCAGGUGGGUGGCUUUGAGAGUUUGUUAGAUCCAUCACCACCUGCUAGUAUGAGUACAAUCGGUCAGCAUGGUAGACCACCAACGCCACAUGGUGGACCGCUUACACCUCAUGGUGGACCUCCAACACCACAUGGGAGACCAGGUACCCCACAUGGAGGGCCACCCACUCCUCACAGUGGAGUAGGUGGACCACCCACUCCCAUUGGGAAUAACAGCAGUAGUGGAAUGAGCCAUAAUGGACCUGGAGCUCCUAACAACCAAGGGCCUUCAAAAUUACGGGAAAGGAAUAGGAUGCUAGCAUUACUGCUAGCAAAAGAAUCUCCUAUUAACCAGAGUCAGAACACACCGCCAACAGCUGAUCCAACUGGAUUACCACAGGAGAAAUUACCGAAGGAUUUAAAAGAGAAAAUGAAAGUUCCGGGACCUUGGCAGGGUCCUGGGCGUCAUGAGUCGCAGAUGCUUGUAGAGCUUCUUGAAAAAGGUCAUAUUAAUAAUCCUCCUCGUCCUACGUUAAAAGCUUCAGGUCCUCCUUUAGGUAUGCCUGUAAACCCAACAGUGCGAACUCCGGGUACUCCACCAAUAAUGGUUAGUCCAGGAGGCAUUGGACCCCCAGGUUUAACCCAGACAUCUCAACCUAAUAUGUCAACACAAGGAGGCAUGGGAAUGAACAAUAAUAACAAUAUGUGUCCUGGAGUUAGUAACAGAGUGAGCAUGUCGGGUUCGUUUGUAUCGACGACGUCUACCAAUUCCUUGCCAUCAAUUACCGACUCCUUUAAUAUAAGUAACCAAGUGAGCAGUUGCUACCCAGAGGGUAGUUUGCCUCCUAUGCCCAUAAUCACAAGUUCAGCAGCAUCCUUUGGAUCACAAAAUGAUAGUGAAUCUCAACUGAGAGAAUCUGUCAUUAACGAUAUAUUGGAGAUGGAUAAUGAUGAAGUUCGAAUCAAUUCUUCUCCAUUAAAUAUGGAUGACUUGCAUCAGAUUCCCAAUUCAUCUGCUGAUGCAGAGAUCCAAAAAAUAGAGAAAAGUCUUAUGUAUGCAGCAGAGACACAGUCAUCGUUAGUGAUAUCUGAAGCAGGAUCAUUACCGCCAUAUACUGCUGUAGUUUCUGCCUCAUCAAUGAGUAACUACCCUCCACCUUACAACCAUAAGAGGAUUCCCAAUGCAGGUCCACCUGGUGGGCCUGGUGGAGGGACAGGGAUGGUUGGAAGUCACAUGAAUGCGGGAGGAAUGAUGAGGCCCACCAUUCAGUUUUCUCCUAACCCUGGAAGUCCAACCAUUCCAUCUCGACCAUCAUUACCUCCACAGCGAAUGAAUGCCAAUUUAACCCAACGUUCACAAGAGUAUUUGAGGCAAAGGCUUUUACAGCAACAGCAACAACAGGUGAUAGUACCGUCCAACACUUCAGAUGUAACGCAGCCUCCUGCCUCUUCCUAUCAGGCAAUGAAUAUGGAUGAUCUCCUUAACAACAGCAUUGCUCCAAAUGUGAAUGUUACUCUUCAGAGAAAUGUGGCAGAUUCGCAAACAUCACCAAGUUAUAACCUGCUCAAUUCACCAUUAAGUGGGGGACAAAUUUCUCCCGGUCAACGUAUUCCCCAACCCCCUUAUUCUCCUCACGGCCAAACCACUUCUCCUAUCCCUAAUCAGCAGUACACGAACAGUGGACAGAUGAGUGGAUACCAGACGCCACAGGGUUCUCAGCUUUCACCAAGACUGUCUCAGGGCUCACCUGUACCAUCUAGUUAUCAGCCCGGGGGUCAGCCUCUACCACAGAUGUCUCCAACGGGGGCACCAGGGACACCUGUAGUACAAGUUCCAUCUGGUCAGCAGAGUCCUGCAUGGUCAGCUCAUAGUCCUCAACCCCGGCCAUCUUUGAUGAUUCAAAACCCUAUACUUAAUGCACAACUUGGAGGAUCAUAUAUGAGACCAGACAACCGCCCUUAUCCCAGUGGUGUACGUGGAGGUCAGUUACCAUCAAUGCGCUCCAUGCCAAGUCCAGGUACCCGUCAAUCCCCUUAUCCUAGCAUGGGUCCUCCAACCCCAGGAAGCACUGCACAGGGGGAUGCUGGGCCAUAUCCCCCAUCAUCUCCGCAAGGACAACCAUCUUCAAUGUAUCAACAGCAGCAGCCACAACAACCAACCCAGUUUCGCUUGCAGCGGGCUGGCCCUAUGGCAGGUGUGCACUCCCCACGCAGUGCUCACCACUUCCCGCCAGCCCCGGGCCAACACCAUGACCCAUCCGCACCCCCUCCCCACCUGUCACCAGCUGCUGGCGGCCAUCUUCCCAGCCCACAUUCAGUGCCACCAUCUGCGUUAGCUCAUCACCCUCAUAUGGGCCAUCAUCACCCUGGGUCAAUGCCUCCCUCAUUAAUGGCCUCUGUUGGCUCCUCACCUAUGGGUUGUCCAUCAGUUGUGUCAUCAGCAGGAGGCCCAGGUGAUGUUGGACCACAUAUGGUUGGGGGAGCAGCCAUGGGUGGGGGUGGGGGUGGAGCAGGGGGGAGUGGUAUGCCAGGGAUGGUUGGAGGGGUAAUGUCCCAGAGCUACGGGGGGGAACACGCACCUCCCCACCCUCACAGCUAUGAGGCAGCCGCCCAGUACUAUGGGCCCCCUGAUCCAGCGAACAGGAACUCCACGGGAGGGAAUGGCAUGCUCAGUGAGUACACUCGAAAUGAACUGCGGGCUCACGUAGGUGCCCGGAGCACAGGUGGUGGGGGAGGGGGAGGGCCAGCCUCCCCUUCCCCUAGUCAGCAGCAGCAGCCACCACAGCAACAACAGCAGCCGCAGCCACAGCCACAACAACAACAACAGCAGCAGCAGCAGCAACAGCAGCAGCAGCAGUCGCAGCAGCAGCAGCAGCACCAUCACCACCCUCAGCAACAGCCACAACAGCAGCAGCAGCAGCAUCAGCAGCAGCAGCAACACCAAACCUCACCACCACCACACCUGGCCUUCCAACAACCCCCCGACCAUCACCACCACCACCACCAACACCACCUUGAACAGCCGCUACUUCACUCUUACUCCCCCUCAGACAACAACAAUUGGGCAGGAGAGAGUGUAAAUACAACCCAAGCUGGAGCAUUAAGUGGUUCUCCUAGAAUGGACGAUAAUCGAGGAAAUACUGGAAGUGAAAAAGGAAAAACUGAAAGUAUGCUGAAGCACUUGUUAUCCAAGUAAAGCUCUCUGCCCGCCAUGCUUGGUCAGUCAUUUGUUUGCCCUUGUGCUCACUUUCAAAUGAUGACAACCUGCUACUAGUCAUUUCAAGUAGCAGGGUGUAGCAUGGUUUCUACAUGAUGGAGCAAUGGAACCCCACUGUGAGGAUUUUUUUGCUUACCAUUUCUGCAAUGGCGCUGAGGAAUGGCUCAUGCCACUUGCAAGAAAAGGCCUUAUAAAAUUGGACCAUAACAUUGACUUGUAUUUGCAUUCAAUUUUAAAUAGCCUUAAAAUUGGCUGCAUUUGUGAUCAUAAAAUUCGCUUGAAGUAUAUUUUUAUUUUAAGACAGUAACUACCAGUUGACAUAUCAUUGUAUUUUACAAAAUGCAUAUUUAUAUUGUAAAUUUGUGAAAUAAUUGCUAAUUUAGCAAUAGAAUGGAAUUUUAACUUAAUUUGUAUUGAAAGAGUUAUUACAUUAUUUUUAUAAUUUAAAGAAAUUUAAAUUAAGCCGAAUUGAUAUACCUGUAUAGGAAUGGGGGGGUUACAGUGGGGGAUAUCUUUGCUCGUGGUGUAGGUUUAAGGGAGCCAAUGUGAUGUUUAAAUGCCAGAGCAGUCCUGUGAUUUAACUUUUACAAGUACAAAAGGGGGGGAAUGAUAAAAGUUUAUGGGUAACUAGGCAUUCAGUGCAGCUCUUGUUACCCAUAUACCCACUUAUUAUGUAUACACACUCCCUUCCUUGCUUUAACCAUUGAUUACACUUUAAGGAAUUCCUUUCUCUUCUAAGUAUAUUCAACUCAUGAUUUACCUCACAAUGAGAACACUGCAUUUCACUGAAAGGCAGUUAUAAAUCUCAUUGCUAUAUUUUUUGAGCCUUCUUCAAACUCCUUGUUGUAUUAAGCUGCUAAUGCGGGACAGAAAGCUCGCUGCACACUUAUUGGUCAAGGUUUUGUGGUUGAUGUUGAUUCAGCAUCAGAAUUGAACAAGAGUUGUGGCAGCCAGCUAGGGUAGGUCCAGUGAAGCUGCUACAUAGCACGUUUAGCUGUGGUUGGGUUCAGCCUUAUGUGCAAUUCUUACCAAUGGGUUGUGACUUUUAAUUGUCUAAUGUACAGAGAGAUUAUUAUAUGAUGGAAACAGUUGCUGUUGUCAGACUGUUGUAUACUAUUGUUAUAAAUGUAAAAAAAAUACAGUAUGAUUAUAGUUCACUUAUAUACAGAGCCUUACAUACUCAACCGUAAUAUACCAAAGGCAUUAUGUAGAUACACAGUGUACUUGAGGAAACUUCCCUAACCCUGUAUUUUCUUUGCACAUCACGAAGUUAAAUGUUAGAUAGCAGGAGAUAUUUCAAGAUUAGAGUAAAAUAUCAUGUUAUAAUGGUUUAUUAUUUUUGUAUGAGAAGUUUAUUGACAUAUUGUUAUUCUACAAAAGAAAUAUUGGACAGAGAUUUUGAUAACUUUGUUGGAACACAGAAGUGACUGGGGCCAGUGUGUGGGAGAUUGCGCCAAAGGAUUUAUGCCAGCCACCUGUGGUGCAAACGCGGCUGGGAACAACUUGCUCAUCAUUCAUUUAAACGGCUACUUGUGGACUGGCUAAGAGAAAGUCUGGUUUUGUUGGAAGAAGAUAGUUACGAAAACAAGUGUAUCUUUGUGUUCUCCCAAGGACCUUGUGUAGUGAAUGGGAGACAAGUGCCUUGUUUUUUAUGGAAAUGUUCCAUUGGUCAAGUCACAGUCCUUAUUAAGAAAAGUUUGGAACAACUUAAUAGUCAAAAAGAAAAUGUAAUUUGCAUUUUAUGCUCACCUGUGCUAAAAAAACAAACCCUGACAGUUUACACUUUUCUAUUUGUGCUUAAAGUUUAUCAUUAUUAGUUCCAAUACUGUCUUAGACACUUUUGUGAUAAAUGUUAUGAGCAAACUGCUUAAGGUGUCUAGAAAAGUGAUUGUUGUGCUAAUCAGAAAAGCAAUAGUGAACAGGAACUGUUUUGUGACCAUUUUGAAAGACUAAAAGUGAAUUGUGGCAUUGGAUGUAAGAAAAAAAAAAGAGAAAAAAAUAGGCAAGGAAAGUAACACUGGCCCCAAGACUGGUGAUAAGGUUAUAUGUUGGUAUAGUGGAAAUGGCAGACUGGACCCUCCUAACCCUCAUGUGUAGUUUAUUGAAGUGACCUAGGUACUUUUUAAUUGAACUGAUAAAGUCAGGCCUCACAAAAAAUUCUGAGUCAAAUUAUUUUGUAAAUCCCAGACUAUAGUUCCUCGGUAGACACAGUGUCUCAGGCACUGCAAUUUGCCCAAGUCCAGUCUUGUUUUCCCUCCACUGCUGGCACUCUUGAAAUUGGUCAUACCGUACUAUUAUUAUGUAGAGUUUCAGCAUUCAGUUGUAUGUUUCUUUUGACAACUAAGAUUUUUGUAUAUAUUUGUAGUGUAUAAGUAAUUAUGUAACAGUUUUGGAAUCCCACUGUGGAAGAAUGGCUGCUGACUCCAAAGUUGCUUUUCAUUCAUGUGGGGCUUUCGUCACGCCGUAUAGUCUGUAUUACAUUGGUUCCGCAGCUUCAUUGGUUUUUUGCAUUGGUUCGUUCCCUGUACAUUGUGUGUAUAGGCAAGUUUCACCACCAUGAAGCCAUAUGGCGAAUAAAAAAUGAAAUGGU